CGUCAAAAUUAGGAAAUAAAACCCUUCGUUCGUUUGGAAAGAACUUCAACUAUUACAACUUGUUUGUCUUCGACCAAAACCUAGGGUUUCCAAAGUUUUCCGUUUGUGAAUUUUAGUUCGUUGAUCCAAGACAAUGCCUCCUCGUAAACUGAAACGUCCAUCGACUUCUGUUGCACCGAAGAAGAGAACACCUACAAAAACCCUAGUAGAAGAAGAACAACAACAACAUCAAGAAGAAGAAGCUGAGCUCGUUGAUAACAGUAACACAACCACAACAACCAUGAAUGAAGAAUACAGAGAAACUGAGUCUCCUCCUAAAGAGGAUAAGGAGGAUAAGGAGCUAGAUUCGGUGGAUUAUCAGGAGUAUGAUGGUUCUGAACGUUUGGAGCUAGAAGACAAGGAUCCCCAGUCAGAGGCCGAGGAGGAACGUGUAGCCAAUGUUGGAAUUGAGGAAGAUCCAGAGAUGGAAGAAGAGUACGAUGAUGAGGGGAUUGUGGGGAAUGAAAUGAUGGAAGACAUUGUGGAAGGUGAGGAUGAAGAGAAAGAAGCAGAAGAUGAUGGUGGGAACGAACACGGAGAAGAUGAUGAUGGCGAGAAAGAGCGUCAUGAUGUAAUGAAAGAGAGGCGAAAAAGGAAAGAAUUUGAGGUAUUUGUUGGAGGAUUGGAUCGCGAUGCUACCGAGGAGGAUCUCAGAGAGGUUUUCAGUGAAGUUGGUGAAGUCACUGAAGUGAGACUUAUGAAGAACCCAUUGACUCAAAAGAAUAAGGGUUUCGCAUUCCUACGUUUUGCUACAGUUGAGCAGGCAAAACGAGCUGUCAGUGAACUUAAAAACCCAACGAUUAAUGGAAAGCAAUUUGGUGUUGCUCCAAGUCAGGACAGUGACACACUGUUCGUCGGCAAUAUAUGCAAGACAUGGACAAAGGAAGCUUUGAAGGAAAAACUGAUACACUAUGGUGUUGAUAACUUUGAAGACUUGACACUGGUUGAGGAUACUAGAAACGAGGGGAUGAAUAGGGGGUUUGCUUUUCUGGAUUUCGGUAGUCGUCCAGAUGCUUUGGAUGCAUGCAAGCACUUGCAGAAGAGGGAUGUUUUGUUUGGUACUGAUAGGCCAGCAAAGAUUGCUUUUGCAGAUACGUUCAUUGAGAUGGAUGAUGAAGUCAUGGCACAGGUUAGGGCAGUCUUUCUGGAUGGUUUGCCUAUUUCCUGGGAUGAAGACCGUGUUAAAGACCAUCUCAAGAAAUUCGGAAAGAUUGAAAAGGUUGAACUUGCCCGGAAUAUGCCAGCUGCUAAAAGAAAAGAUUUUGGCUUUGUAACCUUUGACUCCCAUGACGCUGCAGUUGCUUGUGUUGAAGGUGUCAAUAAUACUGAACUGGGUGACGGAGAUAAGAAGGUUAAGGUUAGGGUAAGAUUGUCGAGGCCACGCCAAAGAGGUAAGUCAGUUAAACAUGGUCAAGGGGGUUACGUGGAGCGUGGCGGAGCACGGGGUGGCAGACCUUUCUGGAACCCUAGCUUGCACCGCACCGAGUCAAGGUUUGCAGCUCGCAGUGGACGCGGGUUUCAAAGUUAUUCCAGUUAUGGCGGUGAUUAUAAGCGAUUUGGUCCUAGAGAUAGAUAUGCAGAUAUGGAUAUUUCCCGUGAUAGAGUUGGAAGUAGAAGGGGAUACCCUUCUUCAGAGAGAUCCUAUGAUCCCCGGCCUUCUGCCAGUUCAAGUUAUGGAAGGAGCACUACAAAGAGGGAUUAUGUUCGCCGUGAAGACACUUUUCAUCGGUCAUCUGAUUAUGUUACGAGAGGACCUGCCGAGAGACCUUCAUCCUUUAGGGACACUUACUCAUCCCACGGAUCUGGAUAUGCUGACAGUUCUAUGAGGACUUCUUCACGUGCACAUCGAAGGCCAGAACCUCUUUAUGCUGAUGAAAGCUACGAAAGAUAUGCAGAACGACCCUCGAGCUACCGUGGUGGUCAUAGCCGUGAAUAUAGUUCUAUUUCUGGUUCAAAACGACCUCAUUCUGCUACGGAAGAAAUUGAUUCUCGGUAUGCCGAAUCAACACUUCGACAACCCAGAGCUCGCUAUGAAUAUGAGGCAGCUACUGCUUCUUUGCCAUAUGGCAAUAGUGCUUAUGAAAGCGAAUCCGCAAGGCUGGGCCAUGGUUCUCAUCUAGGUUAUGAAAGAAGUAGCCGGAGUUCUGCUGGAUAUUCUCGUGACUUGUAUGAAACGCGCCCAUCCAGCAUGGGAUACGUCCGAGAUGAAGUGAGCAGAGGUGAUGCAGGUGGAUUCCAACCCAGCUAUGGCAGCAGGGAAUACAUGUCUACUGGAUCAGAUGUUGGACCAAGUUCAUACUCAUCUAUGUACCCAAGUCGUCGCGCGAAUGAUGGCUAUUCAAGUGGCAGAGGUUCUGGUUCAUAUUAUUAAGGUGCUUCAGGUAUUGAGUUGAGCAGUUGGUGACUUGUACCAUGAAGGUUUAGCGCAAUGGGGGAUUGCCACUAUUAGAUAAUUAGCUUCAAGUGACUCCACUCCAACUCCGAGCGUUUAGAUUAUGAUUAAUGUUGAUGGUGCUUGGAAAAAGAGCACUUUGCUCAUAUUGUAUUGAUGAAAUGGUGAUACUAUAUUUGGAUCCAGUUGACUAGUUAUGCACAUGUUUCACCUUGAGAAUUGUUUUAAUUAGCUAUCUUGAUCGAUUUCUUGAGCUUUUACUACUGGACUAGAAUAAAUCAGUUUAUAUCAGUAUGAAGUGGAAUUUUGAUAGACAUCUCGUAGGCAUGGAACUCGUUGAUUCACAUUUGUAUUUGAAGUCACGGCUAUAAGAUGUUUAAGUGAUUGGUUUUCA